AUGGCAGGCCUCUGGCUCUGGGGGCUGGCUCUGCUGGCCUUGCCAGGUUGGAUCCUUGGAGCAUCCUUAGCCUCCAGAUGUCCAGGAGCUUGUGAUACUGGGGUCCCAGAAGGCCUCACCUCUGAAGAGACCCAGGUGUCCUGGGAUAAGGACAUCCCUGCAAUUAACCAAGGGCUCAUCCCGGAGGAGACCCCAGACAGCAGCUUCCUGGUGGAGGGGGACAUCAUCCGGCCGAGUCCCUUUCGACUAUUGUCAGUGACCAGCAACAAGUGGCCCAAGAGUGCCCGCGGUGCCGUGGAGGUCCCCUUCCUGCUCUCCAGCAAGUAUGAUGAGCCCAGCCGCCAGGUCAUCCUGGAGGCGCUGGAGGAGUUCGAACGCGUCACCUGCAUCAGGUUUGUCACCUACCAGGGCCAGAGAGACUUCAUCUCCAUCAUCCCCAUGUCGGGGUGCUUCUCGGGUGUGGGGCGCAGCGGAGGAAUGCAGGUGGUGUCCCUGGCGCCCGCCUGUCUCCGGAGAGGCCGGGGGAUUGUCCUGCAUGAGCUUAUGCAUGUGCUGGGCUUCUGGCAUGAGCACUCGCGGGCUGACCGGGAUAACUACAUCCGCGUCAACUGGAACGAGAUCCUGCCAGGCUUUGAAAUCAACUUCAUCAAAUCUCGGAGCAGCAACAUGCUGGCGCCCUAUGACUACUCGUCGGUGCUGCACUACGGGAGGCUUGCCUUCAGCCGGCGUGGGCAGCCUACCAUCACACCACUCUGGGCCCCCAGUGUCCACAUUGGCCAGCGAUGGAACCUCAGUGCCUCAGAUAUCACACGAGUCCGCAGGCUCUAUGACUGCAGCCCAAGUGUCCCUGAGUCCCAAGGGAGAGGGUUCCAGGAGGACAGCGAUGGUCGGAGUCCCACCCCCGACUCCAGGCCACACCUGCAAAGGCUUCUGGAGGCGCUGUUGGCGGGACCCAGGAGCCCUGAUACCCACGGCCUGAGGCCUGGAGGACAGCGUGUAGCUGCCGGGUCUGUGGAGAGCCCACACAGUGGGCAGCUCCCUGCCUGGAGGCAGCUCCAUGUGGAGGCCUUGGCUGCUUCCCCAGGCCCCGCAGCAGGAGCGCCCGGCAUUGCUCUAGAGCAGCCCUGGCUGGCCCCAGAGGCCAGAGACCGGCCAGCGUCUGCUCUGGGGAGCCCAGCUCUGCCAAGGGACUAUGUCCCCAGAAGUCCCUUCAGAGGAAUGUCUAGAGAUUGAGCUUGUGGCCUCUGUCCCCAAAUGGGGAGCACAGGUUCUGCCUGGAAGAACGGAUUCACCAACCCUCUGUCCCUCUGAGCAGCAUCCCUGUCUUUUAUCCCCCCACCUGGCCACUGUCUCUGAGGCCAGGCUACUCCCUCUGUCCUCUCUCCAUUGUGUUCCCCAAGGGCCUAGGGACAGGGUGACCCUCAGGUUCUGUCAUAGGGGAAGGCAGGCCUAGCUCUGCUCGACUUUUGCUCUAGUCCUGGAGGAUGCAGAGAAUGGGAGGUGACAUUCUCCAGGGCCAGGAUCCUGAGGGGUGAGGAAGUUCCAGCCCUGAAGGCCCCUGGGAGCCUCCUGUAGCCGAGGCCCAGCACCCCCGGCCAUGGACAGAUGGUGCUGCCCUCCUUCUGCCUUGGUCGGGCCUCAGUGGGGAGUUCUCUGGCUCUGCCCCUGGAACAGCCUCCCGUCCCUGAUGUCCAGAGGCUGAGGAUGUAGCCCUGGUCUCCAGCUCUG